AUGGUCAUUCCAGCAGCAGGUAUUCUCUCUCUCUCUGACCGUCUCUGUCCUAAUCUCAGCUUGACAGAGAAUUGCCUUCCAGACCGAUCUGACCUGUCAACUAAUCCGGUCCCCUUGUCCAGCAACGAUACGCAACCACAGCUGUCCGGAGGACUGUUUGGCUCGAACCCAAGCAGCGCCGUAACCACCUCCAACAACAGCAACAACGCAGCACCUGGAGCCACCACUACCGCAGGCGUAGGGAGCAUGGCGAGUGCAGGAGGACUCUUUGGAGGAGGCGGUGGCCAGCAGACCGGCGGAGGAGGUCUGUUCGGGAAUAACACUGGCGGUACUGCGACUGGCGGUGGAGGCGGACUCUUUGGCAACAACAACAGCAGCAACAGUACUGCAACAGGCACGACGGGAACAGGAGGUCUAUUCGGCGGUGCUGCGAACAGUAACAACCAGCAGCAGACUGGCGGUGCGACCCCGGCCGCCGGCGGUCUGUUUGGCAAUGCUCAGCAGACUGCUCAGUCAACAGGCGGCGGUACGGGUCUGUUUGGAAACACGAAUACACAGCAGUCGGGUACGGCGACGGGAGGAGGAGGAGGACUCUUCGGAGCGUCGACGGCGAACAACAACAACAACAACAACAACAACAACCAGCAGCAGCAGCAGCAGCAGCAGAGCACGCAACCUAGUCUGGGCGGUGGUCUGUUCGGAGGUGGACAAACGCAGGCUAAGCCAGCAGGAGGACUAUUGAGAAGGACUGAUUGGGAAAUCCUGCACAGCGGCCAAAGCCAAGCAGCACCAGCACAACCAGCCCAACAACAGUCGACGACGGCGACGACGACGACAGUGCCAGCCGUGCAAAUCAACUACGACAACCUGGGCCCACGGUCUCGGUUCGACGACCUAGCUAAACCGAUCCAGGACGAGAUCUCGCUGAUCGACAAGGGUAUCGCGCGGGUCAUCAAGAUGAAGGACCAGAUUGGCGAGUUCAUGCCGCAGCACGAGCGUGACAUCGAGCAGCUGGGCCGCGACGUCAAGUUUGUCGAGUCCAAGUUCCGCACGGUGCAGGUGGCGCUCAACGGCGACAUCCAGACGGUCAAGGCGCUGCAGGACCUGACCAAGAAGAACAUUGGCGACGCCCAGCUGUCCUUCAAGGCCACCGACAACCUCAAGCUGCCGGCGCACUACCACCAGACGGGCCUGUUCGCCAGCGGGGCGGGCGGGGCAGGCGGCGGCGCGGCGGCGCCGUCUUCGUCGGCCGACGCUGCGGCCGGCGCCCACACAGACGCCCAGGACCUCAUCACCUACUUCAACCGCAUCUGCGACGACCUGGAGCGGUAUAAGAAGCGUCUGGACGAGUACAGGGGCGAGAUCGAGCGUGACAUGCCUGGCGUCGAGAACGGGCUGUACGAGCAGAUCCGCUCCCUGCGCGACCGCCAUGCCGCGGCCGCUGCCGGCAACGCCGCCAGCGAUGGCACUGACGACGCCGCUGCCGCCGGCUCCGUCGCCGACCAGCUCGGCCAGGUGCUCUACGCCCUGCGCGACAUGGGAUCCGCCAUUGUCAACCAGGCCGGUCAGAUUGCUGACACGAGAGAGAGGCUUUCGAGGCUGCAGGCGGGCAUCCUGGACAGCGGAGUGUACGCCAUGGGCAUGACGGCAUGA